AUCCAUCAGGGCACAGUUCCUGUCUCAUACACAGUGACAACAGUGGCUCCACAUGGGAUACCACUUUGCACAGGCCAGCACAUCCCAGCCUGCAGCACACAACAGGUCCCAGGCUGCUCAGUGGUUUUCAGUGGGCAGCACCUUCCAGUUUGCAGUGUGCCUCCCCCAGUGCUUCAGGCGUGCUCAGUCCAGCACCUUCCUGUACCAUAUGCAGCAUUUCCACCCCUCAUUACUAGUGACCCAUUCCUUUUGCAUCCUCCUCAUAUAUCUCCACACCACCCUCCUCACUUGCCUCCUCCAGGACAAUAUGUUCCUUUCCAAGCACAGCAGUCACGGUCGCCACUUCAAAGGAUAGAAAAUGAAGUAGAACUGCUUGGAGAACAUCUUCCUGUAGGAGGUUUUACAUACCCUCCCUCAGCCCAUGCACCAACAUUGCCUCCCUCAGCUCCUCUCCAAUUCUUAACCCAUGAUCCUUUACAGCAGGAGUUGUCAUUUGGUGUA